UGACGCUUCCGAUCGAUCCCUCCUCCGGUUCUGCAAGAUGGCAGAUGAAACUCUCAAUGAGGGUACCAGUUCAAGCCAAUCAACUGGCGAAAGUUCGGAACCUACUAUUGAGAUCAAUAUCAAAACUUUGGAUUCACAGAUCUACACAUUCCGGGUGAACAAAGAUAUGUCAGUGCCGGUGUUAAAGGAGAAGGUAGCUAAUGCGAUUGGCAUUCCUGUGGAGCAGCAGCGGCUGAUAUUUAGGGGAAAAGUUUUGAAGGAUAAUCAUCUCCUUUCUGAAUACCAUCUGGAAGAUGGACAUACACUGCAUUUGGUUGUCAGACAGCCGGUCCAGGCACAACCUACUUCUGGGGUACCAUCUGAUAGUGCUCACAGUGGUGGAAACCAAGGAAAUGAUUCUACUGGCAAUGCACCUCGUAACAGGGCUGGACAAAUUUCGCACAGUGUUGUUCUCGGGACUGUCAAUGUUUCUGACCAAGGGGAAGGGAUGGUUACUGAUAUUAGCCGGCUUAUCGGGGCAGUUCUGCAUUCUUUGGGAGCGGGGAUCCUGUCUCCUGCUGCUGGAGGAGCUGGCAACACCUCAUCUGCUGCUGUCCCUCCAGGUCCUGAUACAGAAGGAAUGCAAAAUAAUAGUGGCAGAAGCCAACCUGGCAACCCAGCACCACCAGGAUUUACCGUUCUCAAUCAUCCAUUUCAAAUACCACAAUUUUCACCAGGAGGGGCACUCUCACGACAGAGGGUUAUUCCUGAUUCUUUGACAACCCUCUCGGAUUUCAUAAGCCGCAUGGAACUUGUAUUGCAAAACGGUGGUUCUCAGUUGUCUGCACCUACCAACGCUCGUGAUCCGCAAAGAUCUGAUGACCCAUCUUUGAACUUGAGAGGAUUACUUACUCCUGAGAUGUUGGGUUUGGUUGUUGAGCGAGCACAGCAACUUCUUAGCGGCAAUGCAUCAAGUGCACUUUCUCAAUUUGCGGCAAAUCUGGAAAGAGGGAGAAGUUCUACUGAUCCAUUAGUGCGGAGUCAGAUUCAGACUGAAGCAAUGCAUGUAGGAGCAUCAAUGCAGCAUUUAGGUUCUAUGCUUUUGGAGCUUGGUCGUACCAUGAUGACGCUUCGUAUGGGCCAAUCCCCAGCUGAGUCUUUUGUGAAUGCUGGACCAGCAGUAUAUAUAUCUUCAACUGGACCAAAUCCUAUAAUGGUUCAGCCUUUUCCUCAACAGAUGAGCUCCUUUCCAGCUGUUUUUUCACCCCCUUCAGUUGGAGUUUCAGGUCCAUUUGGUGUUGGAGAUCCUUCCAGAAACAUUAACAUCCAUAUUCAUGCUGGGACUUCUGUCGCACCUGGUGUAUCAUCUGCUGGUACCAGGGCAAGUUCCGAGGGCAUUAAUGGAGGACGUCAAGGUGUGGAACCAGCAAGCCAAAAUGGGAAUGGUUCAGGUGAUUCAGCUUCGGUGCGAGGAUUGCCAGCAAGAACAGUUGUUGCUGCUAUUCCAGCACGUUCUUCUGCUGAGACUGCGAGCCAUGUCCUCAGUGUUAUUUACCCAGUUCAUGUGAGGUCUCAGGCAUCAGUCUCUAUUCCUUUAGCCUCCUCUCAAGGGACGCAUCCGUCCAUGAGUGGUGGAACACAACCCAAUGCAGCAAUUGUCACUCCCCAGCCUUCUCCAGAAUCUGCUAGUAUACCAGCUGUUGUAGCACAAGCAGCUGCACGUGUUGCCACUGCAUCUGGUCAAGAUUCCUCAUCUCCAAGUUUGCAAUCUACUGAUGCUCAAGGUUUUCAACCAUCUAUAAGUAGUGGAGUACAACCUAUUACAGCUAGUCCAUUUUCACAGACGUCUUCAGAAACAGAUACCAUUGCUAGGCUUGUUACACAGAUAAGUACACAGAUAACUAAUGCACUUUCUGGCAGUGCCCAAGGAAACAACUCAUCAUCUUUCAGCAUGCAACAUAUUAACACAACACCUGCAACAGAAGGACCUCAACUAGGUGAAUCAGGUGCUUCGUCGGCAAACAUAGGUGAUGCUAAUGAGAGUUGUCCAGCUAACAGUGUUCAAGACGCAGGAGAUUGUGACAAUAGUGGUUCUGUUGAAUCACAAGUUUCUGAUAUUGGCAUGACAAAAGGUGAAGGGAAGCAGCUCCAACAAGAAGGCCAUGAUCUUCCUGACAUUGUGGGAUCUGGUGGAAGCUUGGCCAUCCAGAAACCAUCAACUAGUAACAGUGCAGGAGGCCUCACAAUCUGCCAACCUUGUGAUGCUCCAUCGAGUAAAUCGGUGGAUAAAUCUUCAGAGCAAACUUCAGAGUCUUCUGCAACUAUGCAUGCUUCAAGGUCAAGUCAGGACGUUGAGAGUGGUAGGCCUGCUCCCUUGGGUCUAGGGCUUGGAGGUUUGCAACCUACCAAGAGGCGGAGUAGGCCAACAAAGCCUACAAAGAAAGAUGGAAUAUCCUGUGGCACACCUUCAGCCGAUCAGAAUCAGCAAUCUAUUGCCAGGGGCCAACAAGUUCUGCAUUCUCUUGCUUCUCAGGGCUCUGAUACAAGCAGAGUAAAUGCAAAUGGUCCCAUGUCAAGUGUCCUUGGUCAGAUGAUGGAUAGCAUGCCUUUGGGAGGGCAAGGUGCUAGGCAGCAAGUAGAUGCUGGCAACAUGAUGUCUCAUGUCCUUCAGAGCCCUGCUUUUAGCAGUCUCCUGACUAGUGUAGCUGAGCGGUCUGGGGUUGGUUCCCCUUCAGAUUUUAGAAGCAUGUUGGAGAUGUGUACUCAGAGCCCUGUGAUUAGAAAUACAUUGAAUGACAUUGUACAACAGGUGGACGGACAUGGCCAAGAUCUUGGAGACAUGCUUUCAGGGUUAGGGAGGGGCCAAGGUGGAAUUGACUUUUCAAGAAUGAUUCAACAAAUGUUGCCUGCUGUAUCACAAGCUCUUGGCAGGGGGUCAACACUCUCGACGCCUGCUAAUGGUGUUGGAUCUGAACCUCGGCGUAGUGGCGGUAGGACUGUUGGAGAUCAUAUGCUGGACAGCCGAAAUUCUCAGAUUGAUCUCCAUCAAGCUCGUGAAAGAAUUGAAGAGCAUGAUUCUGCUGAAAAUAUCUUCCGUGCUGUGCUUGAAAGUGCGGGCAAUCUGUUUGAUGGAGAGGACAAUUAUGAAGCCCUUGUUGAAGAACUUGGCAAUAAUGUGGAGUUCAUCAAGGAGUACAUGGAGAUGUUGCGCCGUAGCAUCCGUCAGAGGCUAGAAAGAGAGUCCAGAUCAGAGUCUUGAGUUGCAUUCCACGUGCUCGGUGAACCACUUCUUUGCGUGGACUUGGUGUAAGUGAAAACCUGCAGUUCCAUGUCGUCAACCUGCCAUUGAUGGUAACAGUACGUGCGACAUCCUAUUUGUUCUGUCGUGGGUUCAAUCUUUUCGGACAAAUCCUAAGGUGCGGAGAUCUUUGCUGGUGGUGUGCAUGAUGCAAAGUUUGUACCAUUUCAAAACUGUAACAAAUAAUUAUUCUCGUUUGAGAUGGUUACAUGAAACUAUCAGGGUUAUUUAAUGUUUACUUCUUUAUUCUGUGUA